AUGGUUUUUAAGCAGUGUGCCGAUGGCUCUGAUGAAGAUCACGAAGUUUGCGCAACGUCAGGCUGUUCGAGGGGGAUUCGGGGGAAAUGCAUUGACCCGAUUUGUAUUGUGAUGGAGUGGAUGAUUGUGAAGAUGGAUCUGAUGAAAGCAAACUGCCAGUCCUUUGAAUGUCCGGAGGAAGCUUUCAUUGCACUUCUGUGCGAUGGCACAGAGUCGUGCGUUGAUGGCAGUGACAAAGCGAGUUGUGACUCCUUCCAGUGUCCCGAAGAUCGAUCCUACAAAUGUGAUUCAGGGGAAUUGCCCGACAUCCGUUGCAGUUCAGGGAAUGGGUUUUUUUGGCAGUUAGCUUGUGACGGUGGGUUUAAUGCAAAGAUGGAAGUGAUGAAAAUAAUUGCAAGGACCAAGCUGCUAUGGGGUCGUAUUUUGCUGGAAUGCCGACGUCCCUACCAUCGGUGUGACGGCUUCGUGCAGUGUAGCGACGGGAGUGACGAAAUCAACGCCCGCAACUUCACGUGCCCAGAUAAAACGGCCUUUCAAAUGUGCUUCGGAAUCUGCAUUACCCUAUAUCAAAUUUGCAAAGGAUUCGAUGACUGCGGAGAUGGAAGCGUGAAGUUUGACUGCCAGGAUUCAAGUGUCCUCCUGAGGACAGCCUUCCAAUGUCCAGAGGGCACUGUAUUCCCGUCCCUUUUGUAUGUAAUGGGGACAGGAACUGCCUUGGAGGCGGCGAUGAAAAAAAUUGUGAGAACUACGAGGUGCAAUGUCCCAAAAAGUUUAAGUUUCGAAGCUGAAAAACAAAUGCAUAAGGUGUCAUGGGUAUGUGAUGACUUUGAAGACUGUAGUGAUGGAUCAGAUGAGGAAAAACUGCGGCUAAGUGGUUACUGUCAAAUGUACACGAAGCCAGAAUGUGCCUAUAUGGCCAUCAAGAUGGGAGCUGAAAAAGAAAAUUGGCCUCUCGAAGCCGUGAUCUAA